AUGAAGCAGGAACUAAAGAGGUUCAAGAAGAUACUGAGCCCAGAUUACCCAGCAUGCUCUGAGAGAGAUGUGGAGGAUGAGAAGGUUGAGCAUGGUAUCAAUGAGGGGGCGCUAAAGAUCACACUGCACGUCCUGAAGAACAUGAACCAGAGAGAUCUCGCCAACAUGCUGCAGAGCAAGUUGGAGCUGGUCUCUGUACAUCAGCAGAACCUCAAAUCCAACCUGAUCGAGAAAUUUCAAAGAGUUCAUGAAGGAAUCCUGCAGCCGGGAAGAUCAGCACUCCUGAAUGAGAUCUACACGGAGCUCUACAUCACAGAAGGCUGGACCGGAGGCAUCAAUAAAGAACACGAGAUCAGACAGAUCGAGACCACGUCCAGGAGACCAGCGAUGCAGGAGAAACCCAUCAAAUGCAGCGAGCUCUUUACAGACACGUCCAUCAGAACCGUCCUGACUAAAGGAGUCGCUGGAAUUGGAAAAACAGUCUCGGUGCAGAAGUUCAUUCUGGACUGGGCUGAAGGAAAAGCCAAUCAGGACGUUCUCUUCAUGGUUCCACUUCCUUUCAGAGAGCUGAACCUGAUGAAGGAAAAACAUCUCAGUCUGAUGAACCUUCUGCAUCAUUUUUACCCAGAACUAAAAGGAUUAGAACUGAAGGAAUGUGACAGAAACAAGAUCGUGUUUAUCUUUGAUGGUCUGGAUGAGUGUCGACUUCCUCUAAACUUCCAGAACAACGAGAUCUUGCGGGAUGUAACAGAACCAGCCUCAGUAGAUGUUCUACUGACAAACCUCAUCAAGAAAAAUCUGCUUCCUUCUGCUCACCUCUGGAUCACCACUCGACCAGCAGCAGCCAAUCAGAUUCCUCCUGAGUGUGUAGACCAGGUAACAGAGGUACGAGGGUUUAAUGACCCUCAGAAAGAGGAGUACUUCAGAAAACGAAUAGGUAACCAGAAACUGGCUAAUAAAAUAAUAAAGCACAUAAAAAGCACCAGAAGCCUCCACAUCAUGUGCCACAUUCCAGUCUUCUGCUGGAUCUCAGCCUCUGUCCUGGAGAGAAUGCUGGGUAAAACAGAGAGUGAGAUUCCCAAAACCUUAUCUCAGAUGUUCACCCACUUUCUGAUCUUUCAGAUCAAACACAGAGACAAAAAGUACCAUGAAAGGUCUGAUCUUGAUCCUCAGCAGACCCUAGAAACGAUCCUGGCACUGGGAAAACUGGCCUUCCAACAGCUGGAGAAAGGAAACCUGAUCUUCUAUGAGGAAGACCUGAGAGAGUGUGGUAUUGAUGUUGAAGAAGCGAUGGUUUACUCAGGAGUCUGCACCCAGAUCUUCAGAGAGGAGUUUGGUCUUCACCUGGGGAAGGUCUUCAGCUUUGUGCACCUGAGUGUUCAGGAGUUUCUGGCUGCUCUGUUUGCACUUCUCACCUUCAUCAUGAAAAACAAAAAUGUUCUUGCAGAGGAGAACUCUGGGAUUUUUAAUCGUUUAAAAAAGCUACCGCUGUCUGAUUUAAUGAAGAGUGCAGUGGACAAGGCCUUCCAGAGUGAAAAUGGACACUUGGACCUUUUCCUCAGAUUCCUUUUGGGUCUGUCACUGGAGACUAAUCAGACUCUUAUACGAGGUUUACUGCCACAGACUGGCAGCAGCUCUCACAAAAAAGAGGAAACAGUCGAGUACAUCAAGAAGAAGAUCAGGAAAAGUCCAUUUCCAGACAAGACCAUCAAUCUUUUCCACUGUCUGAAUGAGCUGAACAAUCAGUCUCUAGUACAGGAAGUCCAGACCUACCUCAACAGAGGAGGAAACUGUUGUCUGAGUAACGUCACGUUGUCUCCUGCUCAGUGGUCGGCUCUGGUCUUUGUGUUGCUGAACUCAGAAGAUGAGCUGGACGAAUUUGAUUUGACUAAAUAUGACCGAUCAGAAGAAUGUUUCCAGAAGCUGCUGCCGGUCAUCAAAGAGUCCAGAAAAGCAGUGUUGUUUGGUUGCAAUCUAACUGAGAAAAGUUGUGCAGAUUUGUCCUCAGUUCUUGGGUCGAGAACCUCCAGCCUGAAGGAACUGGACCUGAGUAACAAUAAGCUUCAGGAUUCAGGAGUGAAGCUGCUUUGUGCUGGACUCUGGAACUGCAAACUGGAGAUACUCAGGUUGUGUGGUUGUAAUCUGACAGAGGAAAGUUGUAAAGCUCUGGCCUUAGUUCUCAGCUCAAACGGCUCCGUUUUGAAAGAGCUGGACCUGAGUGUGAACAAGCUGCAGGAUUCAGGAGUGAAGCUGCUCUCUGCUGUACUGGAGAACCCUCACUGCAAACUGGAGAUACUCAGGUGA